AUGAGGGCGAACCAGCAGCCCCGCCGCCAAGAUCAGAGGGCCCAGUGGUCCGCUUGGCCUUCUUAUGCCAAUAGCCCUGCCCUGCAAUGGAAUCAGGGCCAGCCCACAGCCAACACGACGAACCUUACAGCCAUUGGCCGUAUGAAUGCCGGCCUUUCUGGACCUCUAGCCUUUGACCCCGACACUAGUUCGGCCUACGAAGCCUUGCAGCCUCAGCCCUCCACACAGGACUUCAGCCAGGACCCUGCGGAAGAGCCGACGGUGCAAGCCCUAGCCGAUCGUCUCCGGGCCUUGGAGGUCGGCAUUCUGGAAGCCGACCGCCGUGGAGCACAACAAGCCUUGUGGCACCACAGUCGCCGAGCACACGAGCAACCCCGCCUUCCCUGCCUUCUAUCGCCUUGGGUCUUCAUCAGCGCAAAAGUCGACGCCGUCAAGAUCCGCCUUGACCAGGUUUACAUUAGGCUUGCGGGAUUGCUCCUGACACUUCAGCAAGCCUUUCCGCCCUUUGCAGCCUUCUUUACCGAGGCAGCCGUGGAUGCCUGCCAGUACCAAGGACCGUCAGCCCUUCUGGACUCCGAAGGAGACCCUGAAGCUUAG